CGAUGCAAUUUAUACAGGUUCCAUUCGUCGUGACGUCACAACAUAAACAUCGACUGGAAAUGUAGGACAUCCAAGUACUUUUCUGUUGUCAUUUUUAGUUUCAGCGAUUUUUCACAUUUCGUCAAGAUGUCAAGAGACAUGACAGAAUAUUACACAGACAGCUUCUCCCGACAAACAGAGGAGAUGUUUCGGGAGCUACUGAGUCCGAUAGAACCUUUGAUUAUGAAGAUUCAGUCGUUAUUAGUUUGGGAGAAACCAAGUAAAAGUGCAGUGAUGUUUCUGAUGGUUCAUGGAAUCUUUUGGUUUAUUGCUGUCAAUGGCUGUCAGUUUUAUUUCUGUGUUAGUUCUAUAGCUGCCAUCAUGUUUUUCGUUUACACUUGGAGAAAAUGGAUAUGGCCUGAGAUCAGAGUUCCACCUGCUAUACCAGAAGAUCCCGACAGCUGGACCCCUGUACAUGUCCGACUGUUGAGCGUGCCCGAGAUCUGCCAACACCUGGCCCACCUGUGGAUUUUCAUGUCAAACAACUUCAGCUGCUGGCUCGCAUUUAGGAAAGAUCACCAUUUCUUGUUUACGUGUCUGAACUGCUCGUUCUUGCUUCUGUUUGCUGCAUUUGGGCGACUGAUUUCUGGUCUGACUCUAACAUAUAUAAUAGUGAUGUCACUGAUGUUGUGGCCCUGCGUGCUGUACAACAACUUGUUUCAGAAGAUCUACAUUGCCUUGGAGCCUCUGUUGAUGCGGUUGGAUUACAGUUUGAAAAUCAGGCCCUGGAUCUGGCGUCACCAAGAGGCUCGGAAAACAGCAAACUUUGGCAGCAUUGGUACGACGACUCGUGAUUCAGAUAGUGAAUCAGAGGAUCUCAUGCCAACGCGAGACCCAAAGGUCACGGCCGCACUGGCUCGAGCGAUCACAGACUCGGAGGAUGAGGGUAUGAGUACACCCGAUAUCCCCACCCCCAGGAUGUCCAAGGAACCCUCGGUCAAUCUCAAUGAUGAGCACGAAGAUUUGUCGGAAACCUCUGACAUAGAGGCAGAGUUUGCCCGAGGCUUGGGUCAGAUGCCCUCGCUAGAAGACCACUUCACUGAUGAAGAAGUACCUGAGCCUUCCUUGCCCCAAGAGACAAAGGGGGAGAUAAAAUUUGUCUCCUCUCAUUUCGGUGAUUCUACAGAUGAUGAACUAGAGGAAUCACGACUCGGUAGAGGAAUGAAAUUCCCAGAUUUACGAGACUUGUCAAUGGUCGAUUCUUCAACAGGAAUUCGGGAAACAGCCAAUCAAAUUGUGUCUUCUGUGAUGGGAAAUGCAUUAUCAGGCAUCACAAACCUUACUCAAAGGGCAGUAGGUACAGUCCCUAAUAGCAACACUGAAGAUCAAACUGAUGGGAAAGAGGCUCAGGUUCAGAGUUCAUUGUCACACCAACGGUCAUCAGAAGGAAGUGACCUUGACAUUGCUGAGGAGUUUGAGUUUUUAGAUCAGUAUGAAGUGGAGGAAGGCUGAUAGGAAACUAGUUUAUAACGUGUCUGUGAUGUUAAUGCUGAAUGCUGGGGAAUUUUCAUUUUUUAAUUCUCUUAAAAUAUAUUUUUACCUGUAUUUUUA